ACCUUACAGUCAUAUACAGCGAUAAUUUCCUGUUAUAUUCCCCCAAUACAUGCUUACAACGUUCGCACAUACAUACAUACAUAUAUAUAAUAUAUAUAUACAUAUAACCAUUCAGAGUGGGGGGAAAAAGUAUUAUUUGUCUUUUGUAUAGUCGUCGUCUUCUUCAGCAUUUCCAGUUCAACGUUGCGUGUUGCGGGUAAGACUCUGUUGACUUGCAAAUCUUCGAAGAGGGGGUCGUCCGACAUUGUUAGCACCACUUAACAUCUUCAAAGAAUAAACGAAAUUUUCAUUUUCGUGCCAUUUUUCGCGGUUUUGGUUGGAGAUAAUAGCACUGUGAUGAAUAGUUCGGUAGUUCCUAAUCGGCAUUGACCAUUUCUUUGCUCCAAACGAUAAAAAAACUAGAUGAAAAUGGAGAUUAAACAAUUAAAAUCUACCGAGGGAUUAAAGCAUUUCCCGUUGACUCCUUUCAGAAUAUUUAGGGGUGUACUAUGUUUAAUAAUUUAUGUCUCAACCGCAUUUAUGUUCUUGGUGUACUUUCUACCCGUAGCUGCUAUAUUCAUACGUCUUUUUAGCGUACACUACAGUCGGAAAUCUGUCUCGUUUCUGUUCGGUCUUUGGCUAGGCAUGUGGCCGUUCUUAUUCGAAAAAAUAAACAAGACUAAGUUCAUCUUUUCCGGGGAGAGAGUUCCGGUGGAAGAGCGUGUUUUAAUUAUAGCCAACCAUAGAACCGAGGUUGAUUGGAUGUAUCUGUGGAAUCUAGCGCUGCGCAAAGGGUGUUUAGGGUAUAUCAAAUAUGUUCUCAAGAGUAGUUUGAUGAAACUGCCCGUUUUCGGAUGGGGGUUUCACUUCUUGGAGUUUAUACCCGUGGAAAGAAAAUGGGAAGUUGAUGAACCGGUAAUGCAGCAAAUGCUGUCGACCUUUGCCAAUCCGCGGGACCCACUUUGGCUCGCUAUUUUCCCCGAAGGAACUGAUUAUGACGAAGAGAAGUGCACGAAAAGUCAAAAAUAUGCCGAGGAAAAUGGAUUGCCAGUACUAACAAAUGUGCUACUUCCAAAAACAAGAGGCUUCCAUGCGUGUUUGGAGAUCCUGCGUGGAUCUUUCGACGCAGUUUAUGAUGUGACAAUUGCGUACAAGAACCGAUCACCUUCCUUCACGGACAAUGUAUUUGGAGUCGACCCUUCUGAAGUACACAUGCACGUUCGACGGAUCCCGAUCGGAGAAAUCCCGGCAUCUGAAGCCGAUGCCGCCACUUGGUUGGUGGAUGCAUUUCAUAUAAAGGAUCAACUGCUCAAUGAAUUCAUUGCCAAAGGCCGUUUUCCAGAAGAAGGUACAGAGGAAGAACUUUCGACUCUGAAAUGCUUGGCUAAUUUUGCGGUUGUGAUUAGUUUUACUGUCGUAUUCACUUUUCUCACCUUCUGGUCGUCUGUUUGGUUUAAGGUGUACGUAGUUUUAGCCAUCGUGUUCCUUUCUUUUGCUACUUAUUUCAAUAUUAGACCUUCUCCUAUUUGUGGAUCUAAAUAAAACGUUCGUAUGGGAGGGGAAUAUUUGUGAAUCGAUGAUUAUCCUAAAGUGCAGAUUUUACGUUUUUUUUCUUUUUCUUUUUUCAAUUUCUUGUCGGGGAUUGAUGAAAUUAUGACAUUUUCAAUUAUAGAGGUAAUCAUUGAAGUAUGAGUGUUUGCUCA